AUGGCCGACGACCUUGUCCUCGCAAAGGUGCACGCCCUGAGCGAUGUCGAGCUGGCCUGCCUGCUGUCGCUCAUCAGUAACGAGCACUGCAUCGUCAGCACCCCAGCUGACUGCCUCCACGACCUCGUCACCGAGCUGCAGCUGAUCACCGACCGCACCUUUGGGCUCAAGUCUGCCGUUGUCGACUGCACCCCGAACACCACCCUCGACGACUUUGCCAGCUCCCUGCUGCUCCAGCCUCACGCUUCAAGUCCCACCACCACGCGCUCGCUCUCGCACUACCUGUCACGAACUCCCCACGACAGCUACUUUCCCGCCGGUCAUGUCUCCUUCGCCAAUUCCUCUGGCCGGCUUGGUCAGCCAGCCAUUGCGCCCCUGACGCCCCAGACACCAGGGCCUUCGCACAGCCAGAUAGCCAACAUCAUCUUGGCCAAGAAUCUUGACAAGGCUCCCAAGGCCGUGCAGAUCCAAGCCCUCGAGCUUCUGCGGACAAAACGCAUCUUCACGAGGACAUCUGUACAGACGGCACCAAAGAUCUUCAUGCUGGUGGCCGUCUUGGGCGCAGACAGUGGCGGAGAGGCGAGGGUCACACAGCACCUGAACGAUUUCUUCUACGUGGCGCAUUGGGUCGACCCGGAUGAGGAAGGGUUCGCCCACUUAGACGGGGACGACGCGUCCUCCAUAUCAUACACCGACGACGGAAGGGGUGACGACCAGGCCAGUAUCGCUAGCACGGCCAGCGUGGUCAAGCGACGCAGCCGUGGCAGCACCAACGACAUCCUGUUACGCAACAGCCCGAAGCCCCUCGCAAUGCCACCAAGCACCACAGCGGCCACCGCCAACAACAAGCCUCCCGCCUUCCCCGCCGCCGACAUCUCCCACAUCCGCCAGCUCUCUCUCCGCACCGCCAUCGACAUCGACGUGCUCCGCUACCAGAUGAAUAUCAUCUCUUUCCUGCGAAUGCACCGUGCAGUCGCGGGAGGGAUUACUCCGCAGGCGACACGGCACCUUGACCAGCUGAUCCGCACCCUCGCGCCCCUUCAUGGGCUCGAGUUCGGUACCCCGGCCCUGGUGGGUGUUGCCGCCCGCAAGGUAUACCUGCACCGUAUCAAGAUGGUCGAGCCCGCCAAGGAGAGGAGCAUGCAGUGGGGCAGCGAGCUGGGCGCCAUCGAGAGGUUGCUCGAGGGUUGGGGACCGGAGGACGUAGUGGAGGAGGUUCUGGCGGUUGUCACUGCGCCUGUUUGA